GCAGGGAUUCAUACAGAGAGAGAGAGACUGAGAGAGUGAAAAAGAGAGGCAGAGUGGGUGUGUGUGCUAACGAGCCAAGGUCUUUUCAGAGCUAAACAUAGCGAGGUUGGCAGCAGUGUCAGUGUACAGUAGAUGUGACUCGUAUUUGCCAGCGCUGUUUGAGGCCAGCAACUCUUCUCGCUAUGCAUAUUCUACACUCGCACUGCGUCAUAAGGUGGAUCGAUGGCCCGAAAAGGAAAAGAAAGAACAGUUCAUGCUCGGUGAAGAGCAUGUCUGAAAUGAAUGGAUACGGACAGACUGGGUCAGAGAGUACAGGGUACAUCCCCAGCUACCUGGAGAAGGAUGAACCGUGCGUGGUGUGUGGAGACAAGGCCACUGGCUACCACUACCGCUGCAUCACCUGUGAGGGCUGCAAGGGUUUCUUUCGGCGGACAAUUCAGAAGAAUCUCCACCCCGCCUACUCCUGUAAGUACGAUGGCUGCUGCAUCAUCGACAAGAUCACCCGCAACCAGUGCCAGCUGUGCCGCUUCAAGAAGUGCAUCGCAGUGGGCAUGGCCAUGGACCUCGUCCUGGACGACUCUAAGCGGGUGGCCAAGCGGCGUCUGAUCGAGGAGAACCGGGAGAAGAGGAAGAAGGAGGAGAUGGUGAAAACUCUGCAGAACCGGCCGGAGCCCACCGGCUCAGAGUGGGAGCUGAUCCGCAUGCUGACCGAGGCCCACCGUCACACCAACGCACAGGGCUCCCACUGGAAACAGAAACGCAAGUUCCUGCCGGAGGACAUAGGUCAGUCUCCCGUGGCCCCCACGUCGGACGGAGACAAGGUGGACCUGGAGGCCUUCAGUGAGUUCACCAAGAUUAUCACCCCCGCCAUCACCCGCGUCGUCGACUUUGCCAAAAAACUUCCCAUGUUCUCGGGGCUGCCUUGUGAGGACCAGAUCAUCCUAUUAAAAGGCUGCUGUAUGGAGAUCAUGUCACUACGCGCCGCCGUGCGUUACGACGCAGAGAGCGAGACGCUGACCCUGAGCGGCGAGAUGGCGGUCAAGCGGGAGCAGCUGAAGAAUGGCGGCUUGGGCGUGGUGUCGGACGCCAUCUUCGACCUGGGCAAGAGCCUGGCGCAGUUCAAUCUGGAUGACACGGAGGUGGCGCUGCUGCAGGCUGUGCUGCUCAUGAGCUCAGACCGCUCGGGCCUCACGAGCAGCGACAAGAUCGAGAAGUGCCAGGAGACCUACCUGCUGGCGUUUGAACACUACAUCAACUACCGCAAACACAACAUUCCCCACUUCUGGCCUAAGCUGCUGAUGAAGGUGACGGACCUGCGUAUGAUCGGGGCGUGCCAUGCCAGCCGCUUCCUCCACAUGAAGGUGGAGUGCCCAACUGAACUUUUCCCCCCGCUCUUCCUGGAGGUCUUCGAGGACCAGGAAGUGUGAGUGGCGCCCCCCCCCCCGCUGCCGAAUAGUAGUGGGGCGACUUGGGAAAGGAAUGGCAGUUUUUCUGGAGCGGGGAAGGGUUUUGGCAGGACUUGUGUUUCUCCGACAUUUACGUGGUAAACAACAAACAACAGGCAACAACCACACACCAGCAGCAGGAGUCAAACAAACAAUGAUUUUUGCUUUUAACCAACCACCUCUUCAUACCCGUUUUGGGGAAUCAGUUUGGCGGCCCUCCCUGUCUGAGCAGUCUUAUCCAGUGGGAGUUGCAUCCCUUUGCCAAGGCACGCGCACGCACACACACUCUAGGUCCCUUCCCAGAUCCCUAUUGGAGGCACCUCAUUUGUCACUCGCCACUAGAUGGUGGUCUUCACAGCUUUGCACCUGUUUGACAUGAUAGCAACCAUGUUUUAAACUGGUCCGCUAAUUUCAGUCUCAGAAUUUGUGUAAAACAAUAAUUCAGGAGACGCUGUCACACACAAACAGAGGUCCUGAGCGUGUGCCGUAUAGCGCCUACCGUAGAGCAAAGCGACCAGUACCUACUAUCACCUCCCAACACAACUGAGCCAUGAGCGUGAUCAUGUUUGAAACAAGUCAGGUGCUAUAUUUAUAAGUCUCCUUUAUUUGUCUGAAAUGUGUAAAACUACAGACCAUGGCUCCGUAUCUACCUUCAGUUCUGUCAUUAGGCCGGUUCCUGUGACACACACACACACACACACACACACACACACACUGGGCAGACGUGCCUUGUCAUUGCCUGUGCUGCUGGUGCCAGCAGUAGACCCUCUUAUGAAUGACAAUUGAGCCCUUCUCUCUCCAAGGAAAGUCAUCGCAGUGAAGGAAAGAGGGGAAGAUGGAAGGGGGCCCACUGACGGGAGAGUUCUCAGAGGAGUAAGAGUGAAGGAGAAGAGGGGAGGAAUAGGAUGAGAGAGAGAGAGUUAAAUCGCUGGCAAGUAGAUUCAGUGGCUGGAGACUGAACAGUAUCCAUAUAGACCCCUGUCUGAAUAGCAGUGAACAAGGCAGGCAACUCAUGUCUCUCUCACACACACACACACACACAUCCUCACCUCAGAAACUCAAAAAAUGCCAUGUUUACUGUGCACAUUGCAGUGAUGUAGCCCUGACCUGCAGGGUAAAUUAGUCCAAGUCUGCGCCUGUGUGACUCAGCUCAGUAUGGCCCCUCCAAGCUUCCAUACUCAGUUGUUAGUGUAGCGGUCACUGAGAAAGGGCUAGGUCAAUGACGUCUGCCAUUUACCUCAAAGUGGGCACACCCUCAAGGCUGGGGCGCCGCCAGGCUCUACCUCACCUCUGGACACAGGGCAGCAGCCUCCAGCCUCCUCACCCACCCAUCUACCCACACACACACACA